AUGACUACAACAAAGGAGAUUGUUCCACUUCAUAUGUUGACAACUGGUUGGACGUAUUGGUUUGACUUAGGGAUGAACCAAGUAUUUUCUACUUCUGGAGUUACUGCAACACCUAUUUAUAAUGUUCAUUCAGUAGAAGAGUUUUGGGGGUUAUAUGACAGUAUUGAAAAACAAACAACAUUGCCGAAAGGAAUUGAUUCAUUUUUCUUUAGAAAAGAUAUUGAACCAAAAACAACAGAAAAUGGUGGAAAAUUACAGUUUAAUUUAGAAAUUAAUACUCCAAGUAAAGCAGAAUUUGCAGAAGAUGCAUGGCUAAAACUUAUGUUAUCUUGUAUUGGAGAAACUAUUGCGUUAAGAGAUAAAGUAGAUGGAGUUUCAUUCUCAUUAAGAAGUUUUGCUAAGUUAAUUAUUUGGUUGAAGACAGAUAAAGAAGAUGAUUUAAGACAAGUUAUCUUAUUUGUGAGAAAAACACUUAACAUACCAACAACUAUUGACUUCCAGUUCUUUUCUCAUAAAGGAGGACAUACUAUUAUUAAAGAAUUAAAUUGA